GGAUCCCUCUGUUCUAUUUCCUCCGCUUUAAAUUUUGAGAAACAAUGGCAGAAUUGAUCAUCUUCGAUUUUCAAAAUUGCUCCAUCUUAUUCUUAACCCUCCUCUGCCUCUUUUCAACUCUCUUUCUCUUUGCCUUCUUUUUCAAGAAACCAACGAAUAGCUCUGAUCUACCUCUAAGUCCUCCCUCUCUUCCAAUCAUUGGUCAUCUUCACCUUCUUCUCACUGCUCCAAUCCACAAGUGUUUUCAGAAUAUCUCAUCCAAGUACGGACCUUUCCUCAACCUUCGCAUCUUCUAUGUCCCCGUUGUUCUCGUCUCCUCUGCUUCGAUGGCCAACGAGAUCGUCAAGGCCCACGACAUGAACAUUUCCUUUCGUGGUGCUAUUGCUAUUGAAGAGUGCCUCGUUUUUGGUUCUUUUGGCUUCCUCAGAGCUCCAUAUGGAAGUUACUGGAGGUUCAUAAAGAAGAUAAUCACUACUAAAGGGAUCGGACCACAGGCUCUAGAGCGGUCACAUGGGGUUCGUAUAGUUGAGCUAGAGCGGUUCUACAGAAACCUGCUAGAUAAGACGGAAAAGGGACAGGGCGUGGAGAUCGGUGAGGAAGCGAUGAGACUCGUUAACAACACCCUAGGCAAGUUGAGCAUGGGAAGUAGUUUUUCAGUGGAGGAAGAUGACGGGGCCAAAGUCUCGGAAUUCACUGUCAAGUUAGCUGCCUUAUCCCGCAUGUUUUUCGUGGCGCAGAUAUUUAAUAAGCCGCUUGAGAAGCUAGGGAUCUCACUGUUAAAAUGGUAUAUAAUGGCGGUUUCACACAGAUUUGAGGAGCUUGUGGAGAGGAUUCUUGGGAGAUACGAAGAGAAAAUGAACGAGCAUCAAGGUACUAUGUUUAUGGAUGCAUUGAUGGCAGCUUAUCGAGAUGAAAACGCAGAGUAUAAGAUCACUAGGAAACAUAUAAAGGCGUUAUUCGCGAUCCUUGAGAGGUGGAGAAAAGAAAUCGAUUCUGUGGUAGGGAAGACAAGGUUGCUUCAAGAAACUGAUUUACCAAAACUUCCUUACUUGCAAGCGGUCGUCAAGGAAACUCUAAGAUUGCAUCCAGUGGCGCCUGUUUUGUCAAGGGAAUUUGAAAAAGAUUGUAAGAUCGGAGAUUUCUACAUACCUCAGGGUACAACACUUGUUAUUAAUGCUUAUGCUGUGAUGAGAGAUCCUGAUACUUGGGAAGAUCCUAAUGAAUUUAAGUCAGAGAGGUUUCUAGCUAGUUCAAGAUCAGAAGGGCAAGAAGGCGAGAGAAGAGAGAAAUCACUUAAGUACCUCCUGUUCGGUUUGGAACCUCAGUUGGAUGCUUUGGCUGGGAAAUCAAAGGAGAUAGAAGUCAGCAUGGAAGAAGCUUCUAGAUUGAGAUUUUUCUCAGCUUUGGCUUAUCCCCUAAAGUGCACUCCUCGAAUUAUAAACCACUUACCUUCUGAUAUGCAGAUUCCAAGUUCGUGA